UUUAUAAUUGUCUCUUCUUCAGAGAGUUUGCAAAAAUAACCAAAGUUUCAACACCGAACACAAAAACAAGAAGAAACAAGCAAAAGGGUGACCUGAUUUUACAUCAACAAUGGGAGUUAGGUCGUGUUUGGCUAUUUGUGUUCUUGUUUUUGCAUUUUGCAUUUCAAUGGCUAAGGCUGGUGACAGUGGAGCCUACGAUUGGAUAAUACCGGCAAGAUCUGGGGAAUCGUGCAAAGGGAGUAUAGCAGAAUGCAUGGCUGAAGAAGAAGAGUUUGCUUUGGACAGUGAAUCAAACAGGCGUAUUUUAGCAACAAAGAAGUACAUCAGCUAUGGUGCGCUACAGAAGAACAGUGUACCAUGUUCUAGACGUGGUGCUUCAUACUACAACUGUAAACCAGGUGCUCAAGCAAAUCCUUAUUCUCGUGGAUGCAGUGCUAUUACUCGUUGCAGGAGCUAAGAAAAAAUAAAAUGUGUAUUUCUCGUGGUAUAUUGAAUUUUUAUUUUCAUUUUACCUUCUUUUUUUUUGUUGGUAUACGAAUGAAGAGAGAGAAUGGUGAUGCUCACUUGAUGGGUAUUAAUUGUUGUCAUAAACUCUUUUUGAUUAUUAUUUUUUCAUUUUUUUCUUUU